AUGUUUUAUAAACAUACUUGGGACCCAAAGUUAAUUAUAGGUCAAAUCAUAUCAGUACAAUGUCUGUACUAUGCAAUAUUGGCUGGUUUAUUGUAUAUAUUAGACUCUAUAUUCCUAGCACCGUUAUCACUUGAUCAAAUGUUUUCAUUUCAUGCUCUCAAUACCAGUGAUUCAUUUGGUUGGGUUGUUAUUGUAGCUUUCUUGAUGAAUUCAGUAUUUGGAUCAAUUUGUUUAAGAUAUAUAGUAGAGAGAUCAAAGAAAUGUUUGGAUCAUGCAGCAACUGUGAUGGUUAUUCAUUUGGUGUUGGUAUGGUCAUUUUCUGGAUUCCCAAGAACUGCUUCUUGGUGGGUCGUUCAAAUUAUUUGUUGUAUUGUCAUGGCUAUCGUUGGAGAGUACCUGUGCAUGAGAAAGGAACUAAUGGAUAUUCCAUUAUCUAGAGCACGUGAAUUAGACUCUACUCCCAUCCUCAUACCACCUCAACUCAGCAUGCUAUCAUCACCCAAAUUAUUAUCAAAUAGAACUGGCUACUCGAAUCUAUCAACUGGUUCAAAUUCACCUUUAAAUCAAAGUGGUGAUAUUUCACCAGUCUAA